AGGGAGAUGAGUUCUGAGUAGGUAGGAGCUUGGCGAGUGCAGUUUUAUUACAUCUGCACAAUGGUUGGGAGGUCCAAGGAAGGUGCAAGAGUCGUUUAAGAAAACCUUUUCACUUGCGACAUCAGCUUGUCAGUUUUAGCAGAUCCUUUUGGGACAUGAUCCAUUAGACAACUUUGUUGUUCGUUUGGUUUUUUUUUGCAAUGCUGCGGCAUUGCCCUAUUCCCCGUUUCUCGUCAUCUGGUGCUCGGAAAAAGAUGCCAAAUGUUGCCUGUGGAAAAGAGAAGACUUUGCGUGUCCCUCUGGAAAACCAGGCGCUUAAUCUGGCAGACUCGAAGGACGUCGCCGCGGAAUCAUUACCCCCUCAGAAAGUUCUCAAGAUAUUUAGCAUCAACAUCAUUGCUCAGGGUUUACCUUUCUGUCGCAGACGGAUGAAGAGAAAGUUGGACCAUGGCCCCGAGGUCCGAUCUUUCCCUUCAGGAAAAAAGCCCUGCAAAGGCCCAGAGUAUCCGAGCCCGACGGGAAUUGUCCCAUGUCCGGCCACACCCACCACAUUUGGCCACAUCAGAACAGCCAAUAGUCAGGGGCAACAGAGGCGACGCAUCACCUCAAUCCAGCCACCCACGGGUCUGCAAGAAUGGCUCCGAACAUUUCAGAGCUGGACAGGCCCAGAGAAGCUGCUGGCGCUGGAUGAGCUGAUUGACAGCUGUGAGCCCACACAAGUCAAGCAUAUGAUGCAGGUGAUCGAGCCGCAGUUUCAGCGAGACUUCAUCUCCCUGCUGCCCAAAGAGCUGGCUUUGUAUGUGCUGUCAUUCCUGGAACCGAAGGACCUCCUCCAAGCAGCACAGACGUGUCGCUACUGGCGCAUCCUUGCAGAAGACAACCUGCUGUGGAGAGAGAAAUGCAGGGAAGAGGGUAUUGAUGAGCCUCUGCCCCUGAAAAAGAGGAAAAUUGUCAAGCCCGGCUUCACUCACAGCCCCUGGAAGAGUGCCUACAUCAGGCAGCACAGAAUAGACACUAACUGGAGGAGAGGGGACCUCAAAUCACCCAAGGUGCUCAAAGGCCACGACGACCACGUGAUCACCUGCCUCCAGUUCUGUGGCAACCGCAUCGUCAGCGGCUCUGAUGACAACACGCUCAAAGUGUGGUCGGCUAUCACAGGAAAGUGUCUGCGGACGUUGGUGGGCCACACAGGGGGCGUGUGGUCAUCCCAGAUGCGAGACAACAUCAUUAUCAGCGGCUCCACUGAUCGCACACUCAAGGUCUGGAACGCAGAGACGGGAGAAUGUAUCCACACCCUCUAUGGGCAUACCUCAACAGUGCGCUGCAUGCACCUACAUGAGAAAAGGGUGGUCAGUGGCUCUCGCGACGCCACGCUGCGCGUCUGGGACAUCGAGACAGGUCAGUGUUUACACGUCCUCAUGGGCCACGUGGCGGCGGUGCGCUGCGUCCAGUACGACGGUCGACGGGUGGUCAGCGGUGCCUACGACUUCAUGGUCAAAGUGUGGGACCCCGAGACGGAGACCUGCCUCCACACGCUGCAGGGCCACACCAACAGAGUGUACUCAUUACAGUUCGAUGGGAUCCAUGUGGUGAGCGGCUCAUUGGAUACGUCUAUAAGGGUCUGGGAUGUCGAGACGGGCAACUGCAUCCACACGCUAACGGGGCAUCAGUCCCUCACCAGCGGCAUGGAGCUCAAAGACAACAUCCUGGUCUCAGGCAACGCAGACUCCACUGUCAAGAUCUGGGACAUCAAGACGGGCCAGUGCCUGCAAACACUGCAAGGUCCCCACAAGCACCAGAGCGCCGUGACGUGCCUCCAGUUCAACAAGAACUUUGUCAUCACCAGCUCGGACGAUGGCACAGUGAAGCUGUGGGACCUGAAGACGGGCGAGUUCAUCCGCAACCUGGUGACCCUGGAGAGCGGCGGCAGCGGCGGCGUGGUCUGGCGCAUCCGGGCCUCUAACACCAAGCUGGUGUGCGCGGUGGGCAGCCGCAACGGCACAGAGGAGACCAAGCUGCUGGUGCUGGACUUUGACGUGGACAUGAAGUGAGAGGGGACAUGGUAGGGAAGGACGAAGAGAGUGAACCACAGAGAGGAAGGAAUAGAGAGGGAAGGGGAGACGAGGUGCCUGAAAACUGGAGGGCCAACACCCAGAACUCUUCACCCAAACUCGCAACAUCUACAACCACCACCACCACCAGUGGGCUGUCCUAUCCUCUACCAUUAUCUUCCCACAUCCCCCCUUUUGGGCAAAUGUUACUGACAAAGACACAGACCCUCACGUGUUCAGCCCCUGCUUUUGACCCCCUGCCACCAGUACAAGGUGGAGUUAAAGGGGGAUUGGGCUGGAAACGGGGCGGGGGGGGGGGCGCGACUAGUCUGUCCUGUGAUUGGCUGGGAGAAAGAAGAAGAAAGGAUCGACUGAUGAUGACUGAACUCUUUUGAAGUGACUCUCCACCCUUUCGGUUCGGGGUCUGCUUCGCACAGAGACUUGGUUUCGCUCAAGCCUGACAGAUUUUGAGAUGUACAGAGAUAUAUUAUUUUUUAAAAGUCCCCCACACACCCCCUCCCAUCAGCGUGCGCCCACAAACACACACACAUACACUCAACCGGCCAACCGGAAAGUGGGAAACAUUGACCGUAGGUAAAGAUUGAGGAAGGAGGGAGACAUUAAAGGUGAAUUUCCACACACAGUUACACCUAAAGAGCUGCUUGAUGUCGUGGAGAGAAAGCGAUUGGAGGGUUCAGCCUGUAAUCAGGCUCGUUUCUUGUCACUCCAUUUCCGUUCUUGUUGUUCUCCACUCGGUUUCUAUGGUUUGAUUUCUUUACAAUAUCGCACACAAACACAACUGUGAAUUUCAAUACCUUUUUGGUUUAUCAUAUGAAAGGGGUUUUCUUUAUUCUUUUCCUCCUUUCCUCGCUGUUGCCAACAGCAACAAAUCCCAGUAUUAGAAACCUGCCCUGUUUAGGUUUGCUGUCAUUAUGUCACAAGGUUUUUCUUUUGUUGUUUUUUUUUUUUUCUCUUUUUACUUGAGUUGUUUGUUCUUCCUUUUUUUGUUUUCUACACACCUGGGUUGGGAGCUCCGUCUCCACAUAAACAUCAAUGCUGUCCAGAUUUUUUCAGAGUCUAGCUGGGGUGGUUUCCUCAGUGCCAGUGCUGUGAUGAGAGGAGGCGAAGGUUUUUAGCUCGAAGCGCUGUGGAUUAAUGCCCCUGCACCCCUCAGCCCCUUCCCCUCUACCGUUUUCCCCCAGUGGCCAAACUGUAUUUAUGCUGCUAGAUGAAUGGUAAAAAGAGAGAUGGAACUUUUACUUGCUGUGACGUUUUAGUCCCAGGCGAAAUUCCAAAUUGAACUCUAUAUGUUUGGACUUAAAGAAACAAAAGAUAACAUCCAACUUUUUUUUUUCUUUUUUCCUUUUUUUAAUUUUUAGGUUUUUUUUGUUUUGUUUUUGCCACUGAAACUUGAGCCAAACGUGCCUCUACGAGGCUGAGAGGAGGGAGCGUGUCCGACAGAUACUGACGGGAUCGCCUGCAGAGAGGAAACAAGGGGAUGUACACUGUUGGCGUGCGUGCGUGUGAGUGCAUGAGUGCGUGUGUUAGCGUGUUAAUGGGCAACUUGUAAACACAUUCCUUGGGACAAAGCUCUUUCAGCCUGUUCUUUGGGGAAAUGUACAAAUGCUGUGUGGACUGGCAUAAAAAAAAAAAGAGAAAAAAAAAAAUUCAAACUAGCAGAUGUAUCGAUUUUAACACGUGAAUGAAAGAACUGUCCGUAUCCGUGUGUGAUUGUUGUUCCAUUCAAAGAUGUCUGAAGCAACAGAGGAGACCAUCACAAGCAUCAACUGACAGACAGGUCGAGCUGCCGGGAGACUUAGUGUUACAUGUGUUGCAGUUUAAAAACCACCGGGGCGGCUGCAGCCUCGUGGAUCGUCAGUGGAAAAAAUAAAAACACAAAAAGGCAACAAACGUGAACAGAAACAUUGUAGCCAAACGAAAAAUCGUCUCAAUCUCCAAGAGUCACAACUCAAGCUGAACUGUGAAAGUGGUAUAACACUGUAUAUUAAAAAAGAAAAAAAAAGAAAACAAUCUUGCUCUAUCUCCUCUUGUUGUUUUAUCCCUCUGUUUUAAUUUAUGAUCUGGUUUGAGAAAUCAGAUUUGUUGCAGGUUUUUUUUUUUUUUUUUUUCCUUUUUUUUUUCAGUUCAUGUAAACUGCCUGG